GCGUUUCUGUGUUCGCCUCUCAUUCUCCACGGUGACCGUUGAUCUUGAAUCAUGUCUGGACGUGGCAAACAAGGUGGUAAAGCUCGCGCCAAGGCCAAGACUCGCUCUUCGCGGGCAGGACUCCAGUUCCCCGUGGGUCGAGUGCACCGCCUUCUCCGCAAGGGUAACUACGCCGAGCGGGUCGGGGCCGGGGCCCCAGUGUACCUGGCGGCGGUGCUGGAGUACCUGACGGCCGAGAUCCUGGAGCUGGCGGGCAACGCGGCCCGGGACAACAAGAAGACCCGCAUCAUCCCGCGUCACCUGCAGCUGGCCAUCCGCAACGACGAGGAGCUCAACAAGCUGCUGGGCAAAGUCACCAUCGCUCAGGGUGGUGUCCUGCCCAACAUCCAGGCCGUGCUGCUGCCCAAGAAGACUGAGAGCCACCACAAGGCGAAAGGCAAAUAGAAGUCUGGAUUACUUCGCAGCAGUUUAAAGGUCUCAAUCAAACCAAAGGCUCUUUUCAGAGCCACUUAAAAGUUCCCUUGGAAGAACUGAGCACUAAAUAUUAAAGCUUAAAUACUAUAUGAUA